AUUAGAAAACAUUUAAAAUAAGCAAGUAAAGUAUUACAAGUUUAUCACCUUAUUUCCACUUUUCGACAAAUAACUAUGAAGUCUGGUCUGUAUCUUUUUGGCUUUUUGGCCGUUGCUUUUUCUGAUGUUAUUCAUCUAAGUCCCGAGGAAGCAGAAGAGGCAAGAUUAGCUUUGCAAAAUCCUGAUUUGUACGAAGGUGACAUAGUUGGUAUUGAUGGGCCCUUUGAUCCUGAACGAAGUGCUAUUGUUGGAUCCAAUUUUAGAUGGCCAAAUGCAACUGUACCAUAUGCCGUUGAUUCAUCUCUAGGUAACAGACUUGAACUUAUUCAGGCAGGAAUGGAUGAAUAUCACAAACAUACUUGUGUGAAGUUUGUUCGCAGGACAAACGAGCCAGACUAUGUCAGACUGUUUCACGGAAUUGGGUGUUAUUCUCAAGUGGGUAGAGUAGGUGGUCCACAGGAUUUGUCUCUUGGUCGAGGAUGCCACCAGGUUGGUACUGUUGUUCACGAGUUGGGACAUGCCCUUGGAUUCUACCACGAGCAAAGCAGAUCAGACAGAGAUUCAUAUUUGAUUCUCUAUCUCGAAAAUGCAUACGUGAGUGCGCAAUAUAACUUUUUCAAGCUAAGUCCAUACCAAAACAUUUUGUACAAUGACUUCGACUAUGAUUCCAUUAUGAUCUACGGCAACACAGCUUUCUCUAAGAAUGGACAAAACACCAUGGAGGCCAGAAACGGGCAGGCGUUGAUAGACCCUUACACCAAGACAGAAAUGUCCAAAAGUGAUAUAGAAAGAGUAAAUGCAAUGUACAAAUGUUAAAAAUGUUUCAAACUGUAAAGGAAAUAAAACUGUUAAGUAAUAAAAUAAGAAAAAAAAACA